AUGGACUACGAUGCAUUCGAUGCUAUUCUCCACCAUUUGUUCAAGACCACCCAAGGUGACGCAUGGUUCAAGCCAUCUGAGGAGAACAUUUCUGCUGGUGUUUGUAUAAGGGUAGAGCCUGGCAACUUCAGGGUCUUCCCAUACGAAAACCGCUACCUAGAACCUUUCGAGGCUGCUGUCAAGGUCUUGAACCCGGUUGUAGCUAUCAAAGUCAGAAGUGCAGCCGUACAUGCCGCUCUCGCUACUUGCGCCGAAGAUGCUGCCGCCAUUUAUGUUGAUGCCGGUACCCGCAUCCAAAUAAUUGAGAGCAUGGUUCAAUUGCCAUACGCCGACAAGGAGCAGUGUGGAGCUUUCAUCCGCGAUGAGAAAGUCUUGGUCGUCUGGUCCGACGACCUUGAUACUAUCAUUCCACUAUACGCGGACUUCGAGGACAAGUUGAUUAAGCUAGUUUGGCGCUCACGUUCAAUCGUCGCUCCAUCAGACGGUGCCUCUGCCAUUACAUCCGUCCCCCCUUCUACAGUGGCUUCAAACGUCAACCUAAACGAAAAGACCAAUGCAGCUGCUGUCGCUGUUUCUGAAGCCGCUGCACAGGUGACGCUUGCUGAGAGGGAGAAGCCGAAGCCCAAGUCUUCCUGGAGCUUCGGAUGGAAAGUCUCAUCGAAGAAGUCCGGCGCAGCCAAUAAUGAUGUCGAAAAAGCUUCGCUUGGUACCCCCCGGCCUAUUCGCCUCUUGGCCCCAAUGUACAGUGGUCUUGGUGUCGCCCUAUCGCUCUUUUUCCUUGCCAGCGGACUUAGCGUUCUCCUUCAAGAAUGGCGCUUAGACGGGAAUACCAAAAGAUUUGCCCUGUUGGCAACACUGCCAUUUUUGUUCUGCGUUUCCCUCUUCUUUUCACUGCAAAUCAUCACGAAUAUUUCCUUCUUAAUCGGUCCAGUUGCACAGUAUCAUGAGAACUCGCGUUACUAUUCCGCGAUCGCACCGGCCCCCAGUCCCGAAGUUGACGCUCAUUUGCCGCACGUCACCAUCGAGCUUCCCGUUUAUAAAGAAAGCUUGGAAGAAACUAUCGCACCAUCUGUGUUUUCCCUCAAGAAGGCCAUGCAGACUUAUGCCCGCCAAGGAGGGACUUCAUCUAUCCUUGUACAUGAUGAUGGCUUGCAGCUCAUUGACGACGCCGAGAGACAAAAACGAAUUGCUUUCUAUGCAAACCACAACAUAGGAUGGGUCGCCCGGCCACCUCAUUCCAAUGCACCUGAUGGCUUCAAACGUGCGGGUCGUUUCAAGAAGGCCUCAAAUAUGAAUUACGGUCUUAGGCUCAGCUUGAAGCUUGAGAAGCACCUCCAAGCACUUGAAGCCGCCUUCAAGGGCAUUGAAACCAUCGAUGGGAAAAGUCUCGAGGAGAAGGCCCUUGAUAUGGCCGUGGAAGAGAUGUUCCAGGAAACAGGGAAUCGUUUCAGGCCAUGGGCAUGCAACGCAAAGUCUCUUCGUAUAGGUGAAAUCAUCCUCAUUAUUGAUUCAGAUACGAUCGUGCCGGAGGAUUGCUUUAGAGAUGCUGCCCGCGAACUCGCCGAAUGCCCAGAAGUAGCCAUCAUACAGCAUGAGUCAGACGUUAUGCAAGUAGCCUACAACUACUUCGAAAACGGUAUUACCCAUUUCACUCGCCGCAUAAACAAGUCUAUCUCUAUGGGCUGUGCAAACGGAGAAGUCGCGCCCUUCGUUGGGCACAAUGCCUUCCUUCGUUGGUCAGCCAUCCAAGAUGCUGCCUUCGUUGACACUGAUGGCGUCAAGAAGUUGUGGUCAGAAGCUAACGUCUCUGAGGACUUCGAUAUGGCCCUUCGCCUUAUGUUGCGGGGGUACAUCAUCCGUUGGGCUACCUACUCCGAUGGUGGUUUCAAGGAAGGUGUAUCGCUCACAGUGGACGAUGAGCUAAAUCGCUGGCAAAAAUAUUCAUAUGGUUGCAAUGAGUUGAUCUUCAAUCCGCUCAUCCAUUGGUGGCGCCUGGGCCCGAUCAACCACCAACUUGCAUCGUUCAUGUGGUCUCCUGUCCCCGUGCAUUACAAAGUCGGCAUGAUGGCCUAUAUGUUCUCAUAUUACGGUAUCGCAGCAGGAGCAGCCCUCUCCGUCCUCAAUUACAUCCUCCUCGGCUUCGAAUUUGGGGUCGAUGGAUUCUUCAUGCACAGCUUCGAGAUCUGGCUAGCUUGCACGGUUGUCUUCCCCGGAGCUGGAAAUGUGGCGUUUACGCUGCUUCAAUAUCGCCUAGGCCUGCGGAGCAUAUGGUCAGGUACGAAGGAGAACUUGACUUGGGUUCCCUUCUUCUUCUUCUUCUUUGGUGGCCUCAGUAUUCACCUGUCUACGGCCCUUUUGGCGCACUUGUUCUCGUAUAACAUCCAAUGGGGUGCUACGCCUUACCCUAGGGUGAAAUCCAAACUGACCUCGUAUACGUAUACAGUCGAACGGUCGAACUUCUUCAUUGAAGUGCCCAAAAUCCUCAAGCGAUUCGGCCUGGCUUUCAUCCUAUGUUUCAUCGUUCUCAUAGCCAUGAUCGUCUUGACCACGGACGCCGUGCCAGUUGUGUGGCAAGUUCCUGGAUGGUCAUGGGCCGUUAUCCUUCCCCUCGCCAUUGUGCUUGGAUGCCACAUCUUGUUCCCGAUUGUGCUAAACCCCUGGUUGAUGAUAUUCAGUUACUGA